UUAGUUUCGAGAAAAUUCGUCGCCACCGCCGCCCACUGCAUAAUUUCAGCCGGCUUAAAGGACAUCCUCGUUUAUUUGGGAGAACUUGAUACCCAGGACACGGGAAAAGUUGCAGAGCCAGCCCCAGCUGAACUGCAUAGGGUUCGAAAACGGAUAGUUCAUCCCAAGUUUCAGUUUAGAGCCACCCAACCAGAUAGGUUCGACGUGGCUCUGCUGGAGUUUGUGACCGAAGCUGGGUACGCCCUCCAUAUAACUCCCAUCUGCUUACCCGAUUCGGAUUUAACACUGACUGGAAGAACCGCCGUGGUAGCCGGUUGGGGAAAAAUUCAACCUUCGAACGAACUCAUGGGUACCAAUGUUCUAAGAAGUGCUAAAGUUCCUAUUUUAGAUAUUAGAGAGUGUAUGACGUGGCACCGGAUAAAGCAGAUUACUGUGGAUCUGCGUGAAGAGAUGCUUUGCGCGGGCCACGAGAAUGGCAAACACGAUGCUUGUCUAGGGGAUUCAGGAGGGCCGCUUAUCGUUCUCGAGAGGGGCCGUUGGACGCUGGCCGGCAUCACAAGUGCGGGGUUCGGGUGUGGGGAACCCCACCAGCCCGGAAUAUACCACAAGGUGCCCGUCACGUCGGAUUGGAUCAAGUCUGUUAUAAACAAUACGUAAUUAAUCACAAGCUUAAUUACGUACGUUAGAAUAAUUUAUCUGUUUCAUCGUUAUCGCUUUAUUAAUUUUCUUAUGUUACACUUAUGGAAUAGUUUAUCAAUUUAACAGAAAAUAUCAAAACCAGUAACUUAACGUGAAUGUCAGUAAUAAAAGUAUCGUUAUCAGGGGAAACAGAUUAUGCCAAUUUAGUUUAUUAUUAUUUAAUUACAGAUUUAUUUACAGAACCGAUCAUGAAGAAGUCAACAUUUGUUUGAAAUAAUAACGUCGUUGGUUUUAAUUUUCCAUUUCUUUUAUAAAAACUAAAGUAACUGAUCCGUAAAUUAGUUUAUUGUCUUCCAAAGUGCCGAUAGAAGUUAGUAGACACCAAGUAAACAUAAAAAAAGUAAAAAUGUUGAUGUUUGUCAGAUGUAUAAAUUCACCAUGACCACAAAUUAAUGUAUUGUAGUUUAAUGAGGUAUUAAAGACGAGCAAAGAAAGCGAUACACAAGGCGAGAGAGACAACCUAAGUCAUCAAACUCUCAUUUUAUUUAAAAGUAUAUACCAGUAAAAUAAUUUUUGCAUAUAUCAGUAUUUUGCAAAAAAAUCAACUUGAUUGCUAGAGAAUAUGAUCUCCUAAAAUUAGUCCAGAUUUAAUAUCUAAUAAUUUACAUUAGCUGAUAUAAAAGACCAAAUAAUUGGAAUACGCAUGUACGUGGUCACCUUUCUCUAAUUAUUUCGUUUCUAAGUAACAAAGGUAACUGGAAAAAUCGGUCUGUAAACAUAAUUACUAUUUUUGCUUGAAAGAUGUAUAAGCUUAAUUGAGUAAUUAUUAACAAGGUGCUAAUGGAUACGAAUUGCUAAUAUUUUUGUGUCAAAAUAAAAGAGUUUGUAUCCUACUCUAAUGUAUUUAUUAUUUAUGAUAUAUUAAUGUGAUUUGUUUAGUUAUAGA